AUGAGUGGAGUGGCUCAAGACACUCGUGGUGAGUUAUUCCGUGACAGGUCGGCGAACAAUUCAUCCGGGCUUGUUUUUGAAUGCAUUAACACGCUCACCGUUUUGUACGGCGUCGCCUUUGUUCUAGGGGCCCAGUCCAAGUUGAAGAGACGGACAUGCUUCAAGUUCUUCGACUCUACUUCGGAGUAUGUGAACUCAUCGGCUGUAUUCAGGGCCGUCGACGGCUUGCUGCGUACGGUAGACCACACAGAGAGCGAAGCAGCGCUCGGCAGCGAUACUGGAUCGAAUGCGGCGACUAAAAAAAGCGGGAAGGGCUUU